AAGAAACUGCAAGUACUUGUGUCAUAUAUGAUAGUUAAAAUAUAUUCAAGGUAUGACGUAUUGCUUUAAUAUGGAAGAUGAUAUGUAUGAGUCAUCUCAAAAUCGACUGCGGGACUAAAUGUGCACUUCCGUGAAAACUUUACUAAACAGGAAUACUGCUCAAACUUGGCAGUCAGACGGAUGUACUGUUCGACUUUGGAGUUGUCCGACAGGUGCACCGUUUCCACCUGGCUGUUCGACAGGUGUACUGCUCAAACUUGGUUGCCCUGCAAGUGUACUGCUCGAACUUGGUUGUCCGGCAAGUGUACUGCUCGAACUUGGUUGUCCAGCAAGUGUACUGCUCGAACUUAACUGUCCGGCAGGUGUUCUGCUCGAACUUGGCGGUCCGUGCCACACAGUCUAACCGAAUAUAUCAACGAUGGCUAUGGCGUUUCCAUGGUCCACAUGCUACACAUGCAGAGUAUGUGGCCACGUUCUAGAUGCAUCAGAAUUAAAUUUGUGUAAUGAUUACGAUGACAAAAUACACCAGCAUUUACUGGAUAAAUGUGAUAUGUACGGGAUGUAUGAAUAUCGGGAAGAAAUAAAAGUGAAUAUGAAAGUCCCAUUAACUGUAAACUGCACAAACAGUGAAUGUGAAUCAACUAUUAAAGUAAUUGCAUAUGUUGAAGCUGUUCCUGUUUGGUUAGAAUGUGAUCCAAGUAGUGACAAGGACGUAGAUGUAGAUACUUUUGAACUUGUAGAAGUCAGUGUAAUUGAAUUCUGCAAUAACCGGCAUGUAGAAGAGGUUCAGUUGAGAAUUAUAUGCAAGGCAAAAAUGGGAGAGGCUGCUAGUUGCUACCUUGGUUAUAACGAAGAAACUCGUAGACUUUACAGGCCGAUUCGUGGUGGUAACGAAGGAAACUUCUCGUGGCCGACCGCUUUAAACGAGUUUCGUGUUGGAGAAAUUUACUCGUUUAGAGUAUUAGCUAGAAACAAUAGCAGUGUAGAAUGCUCUACAGGAUUUCCUCAUCAAAAUGAAGAUAUAGUUGUUGAAGAAGAACAAAUAACCGCCCACGGUUUGCAAAGAUCCUGGACUCCAAGUAUACUUGAAGGCAUUGCAAGUUCAAGUAUCUUUGACAUAUUUCCCGAAGAAUUUAUAAAAGAAAUGAAAUAUAUAGACGCGGACACAGAUUGUCCAUCAGCUGGCGUUCUCCGUGUACAUGAGAACGAUAUCAAUGUAUAUAAACCCUUCGAAAAAUUUCGAGUUAGUAUUAAGAAUUGCGGUAUUAGUUUUGAUUUUCCGCUGACCGCGACAUCAUUCAAGCACCUAAUGUACAGAGAGGGAUCAGAACAGCGCUUAUUCUGCUUGGGUUAGGAAGACCUUAUACAUGUGACGGAGAAUACGAUCCGGCUAGGUGUUAUAUUUUAGUGUUGGGUAUAUACCUUUAUUGAACUGGUGAAUGGCAUUAGCCAUGUCCAUUUGUUUACUGUGUCUGACGUGACAAUGCUGAGAUAGUUUUCCUAUCUCGCGUGGUAAACGCAUUGUGUUUUAAAGACGCGUUUGUAGGAUAUUAGACCACGAUUCCAUUGAGUAUUGCUUAUGAUUGUGAAUAACCCGUUUUUAUGAAUACAACUUAAAAAUGUCCAAUGCUCAUUUUUCACUAAGAUAUUUUAUCUGUCUUUUGUCCUUUACUUCAAAUGUAAAAAUUGAGGAUGCCUAAUGUACACGUCAUAUCUUUGAAAAGUUAUAUAGUAGUGAAACUCUAGGAGACUUGUUUCAAGUUUUAGUAUUGUGUAAUUAAAAGUAGCCAAGUUA